GUCGUGCCAGCUGCCUGUUCCUAAAAUAUCCUCAAGCCAAUGAUCACGUUGCAAUGUCCAUGGAUCAGAGAGCAGGUUAGACUCACAGACACUGUGCUGGGACUCUGUCUGGAUCUGUGCUCCCUGUUCCAAGUGUUCUCCCCUUUCUCUUGCGCCCAAAAUGGUUAUUAAGGUCUUUGUGGCUACCGUGGCAGGAUCCACUGCGAUAAAAAAGAAGCAACAAGAAGUAGUGGGGUUUUUGGAGGCCAACCGAAUUGACUUUGAACAAAAGGAUAUUGCGUGUAAUGAUGACAAUCGCCAAUGGAUGAGGGAAAACGUCCCCGGGGAGAAGAAACCGGAGAAUGGGAUUCCUCUUCCUCCCCAGAUUUUCAACGAAGAACAGUAUUGUGGGGACUUUGAAUCGUUCUUUGAUGCUAAAGAAGGAAAUGAAAUAUUUGUGUUCCUGGGAUUAACUCCACCUGCGAGUAAAAAGGAUAUGGAGGUACCAUCUGACUUGCACAAUGGGGAAGUUCCAGUAGAAGACAACACUGAAGUGACGGUACCAGUAGUUUCGCCGAACGAGGAGGUUCCAGCAGAAGAAGUCACUAAAUCGGAAGUACCAACUGAUGUGCAAAACGAGACGGUUCCCGCAGAAGAGAGCUCUGUUCAAGAAGAAGUAGAAGAAGAAGUAGAGCAAGAAUAGACGGGAGAACGCUUGAAAUUAGUUCUGUUUCAUGAUACAUCAAGGCUGCCCAGGCAUGGUAGUGCCACACAACUGAAUCUGACACACACAGUGUUCCACAGAAUUCUCUUUAUAUUUGGGACGCUGCAGCAUCGAAUAAUGAAGAACCUUCCCAAGAUGCCACUAUCUGGUCCUGCCGGGGUUUUCCAUAUGGGAUUCAAUGUGAUCUCUUUGCACUGUCAUUUCCCCAAGAUCUAUUACAAACAGGAUGCUUCGUAUACAGUUUCUAAUAAAGUUAUAAUAUAACAUUGUAUUAUUUCUAA